UUGAUUGAUGGGUUGUGUCUCGAUAAGCACACAGCCUGGAGGACUUCCAACUCAUACUUCAAUUUUUUUUUAUUCUUUCUUUUUUUGUUUUUGUUUACCCAAUCCAAUCCAACCCAACCUCAGUAUGAAAUUAUGAACCUUCUUUCUUAAUUUGUUCUUCUUCUACACCUCUUUUGGUUUUUACCGGUUACUCUCUCUCUCUCAUCCUGUAGCUGCACAAAACAAAUCCAUUUAUCCUGCAAGCUGAAAUUUGCUGAGCGUGUUUGUGUGUGAGAGGAGUAAUGGGAAUGCUUCCUCACAAAAACAGACACAAAUCAAUGUUACUAAUUCUAGCCGUUGGAUUAUUAUUAUUAUUAGCUGAAGCCGAAGCAGCAGAUCUGGAUUCCCAACGAGCUGCAUUGCUAACUCUCCGUUCUUCUGUCGGCGGUCGUACUCUCUUUUGGAAUGCCACCAAUCAGUCUCCCUGCAACUGGGCCGGCGUCCAAUGCGACCACAACCGUGUCGUCGAACUUCAUCUUCCCGGCGUUGCUCUUUCCGGUCAAAUACCCACUGGCAUAUUUUCUAAUCUCACCCACCUCCGCACACUCAGUCUCCGUUUCAAUGCUCUCACCGGUUCACUUCCUUCAGAUCUGGCUUCCUGCGUCAACCUCAGGAACCUUUACAUUCAGCGUAACCUUCUCUCCGGUCAAAUUCCUGACUUCCUCUUCACCUUACCUGACAUGGUUCGACUCAACAUGGGCUUCAACAACUUCUCUGGUCCCAUUUCCACUUCAUUCAACAACUUCACCAGACUCAAAACCCUCUUCCUUGAAAACAACCAUCUUUCAGGUUCCAUCCCCCAAUUCAAAGCCUUCACCCUCGACCAGUUCAAUGUCUCCAACAAUGUCUUAAACGGCUCUGUUCCCGUCAACCUCCAAACAUUCUCUCAAGAUUCCUUUCUUGGAAAUUCCCUCUGCGGUCGACCCCUUUCACUCUGCCCCGGAACCGCCACUGAUGCCUCUUCUCCUUUCUCCGCCGACGAUGGUAACAUCAAAAACAAGAACAAGAACAAGUUAUCUGGUGGAGCCAUUGCUGGAAUCGUCAUUGGAUCUGUAGUAGGUCUUCUUUUGCUCGUUUUUCUUUUGAUCUUCUUGUGUAGGAAUAAGAGUAGCAAGAACACCAGUGCUGUUGAUGUUGCUACCAUAAAGCAUCCUGAAUCUGAACUUCCUCACGACAAGUCUAUUUCUGACUUGGAGAACAACGGCAAUGGAUACUCUACUACAUCUGCUGCUGCUGCGGCUGCGGCUGCGGUUGCAGUCAGCAAGGUUGAAGCAAAUGGCAAUGGAAACACUGCUGCUGCUGUUGGAGCAAAGAAGUUGGUGUUUUUUGGGAAUGCAGCAAGGGCUUUUGAUCUGGAAGAUCUGUUGAGGGCUUCGGCGGAGGUGUUGGGUAAAGGGACGUUUGGCACGGCUUAUAAGGCAGUUUUGGAGUCAGGGCCUGUAGUAGCGGUGAAAAGGUUGAAGGAUGUGACAAUAACUGAGAAGGAGUUCAGAGAGAAGAUUGAAGCGGUAGGAGCUAUAGAUCAUCAGAGUUUGGUACCUCUAAGAGCUUACUAUUUCAGCAGGGAUGAGAAGCUCCUUGUUUAUGAUUACAUGUCAAUGGGAAGCCUCUCUGCACUUUUGCAUGGAAACAAAGGAGCUGGUAGGACACCGCUGAAUUGGGAAAUGAGAUCAGGAAUUGCACUAGGAGCAGCCAAAGGCAUUGAGUACCUUCACUCACAAGGACCUAAUGUUUCCCAUGGAAACAUAAAGUCAUCUAAUAUACUCUUAACCAAAUCAUAUGAUGCAAGAGUGUCUGAUUUUGGGCUUGCACAGCUUGUUGGUCCUUCCUCUACCCCAAACCGUGUUGCUGGGUACCGUGCACCAGAAGUAACUGAUGCUCGCAAAGUAUCUCAAAAGGCUGAUGUGUACAGUUUUGGCGUAUUGCUCUUAGAACUUCUGACAGGAAAGGCACCUACACACGCUCUCCUAAAUGAAGAAGGGGUAGACCUCCCCAGAUGGGUUCAAUCCGUGGUUAGAGAAGAGUGGACUUCUGAGGUCUUUGAUCUUGAGCUCCUAAGGUAUCAGAAUGUUGAAGAGGAAAUGGUUCAGUUGCUACAACUUGCUGUUGAUUGUGCAGCACAAUACCCUGAUAAGCGCCCUUCGAUGUCUGAAGUGGUACGGAGCAUAGAAGAAUUACGUCGAUCUAGCUUGAAAGAGAACCAAGACCAAAUCCAACAUGACCACAAUGAUAUAGAAUUGUAGAUAGGUGGUGGUGCAUCACACUAUCUUCUCGUUCAAUUUGCCCCCUCCACCUUACUUGGUGGACUUUGUUUCACAUUCCAUUUUUUUUACUUGUUUAUUUAAAAAUUAAAAUCCUGUGCGUAUGUUUGUAUUGUUGUAUCUUGAGGCUCUUAUUUGUCUGGUCUUUGAAUUUCCUACUCAUUUUUCCAUUCUGCCAUCUCCCUUUUUUUUCUUUCUUUUUCAAUUACUUUGGAGAAGUGGAUUCCUGUUCCAUUCCAUUAUUAGUUGUUACUCCACUAUUAUUGUUGUGUUGUUGGAUUCUGGUUGAUGUAAUUACUUACUUUGCUUUAACAUGGCUUUUACUUUUAUUGAAACAUGUAAUUGAGGUGU